AUGACUCGAGCUGAUCCAUCCGCGAGGAAAUUCGUCCGAGAGGCGCAGGAACGUAUCCCCUCGUCAGAGCCCGGGCGUCUACAUGGGACUGAACCCCCCCAAGUGGGUGGAGGCGAGGCAGUCGUCCAUCGCCUCCCUACCGUCCUCCAGCAACGGCACCACUCCGGGUUCCUCCCCCAUCUCUGAAAUUCGUCCGAGAGGCGCAGGAACGUAUCCCCUCGUCAGAGCCCGGGCGUCUACAUGGGACUGAACCCCCCCAAGUGGGUGGAGGCGAGGCAGUCGUCCAUCGCCUCCCUCCCGUCCUCCAGCAACGGCACCACUCCGGGUUCCUCCCCCAUCUCUUCCCAGUGUUCCUCCGAUGAGCAACUGCAUGCAGGCAUGCCAAGUAUGGUCAACGAGGAAUUUCCAUCGAGAUUUAUGUCAAACGAAAGCAUCCCCAGCCUAGACGAAGAGGGAAUCAUCAGGUCCACCGGGAUGAGAUUACGCUCUUGCAGCAUCGGCAGCAGCCCGGACCACUCCUUGACGGCGUCGUGCGAGGACGAGAUCGUCCAGAUGAACACCCUCUACCAAGAGCGUUUCCCGAAGGCGACGCAGCAGAUGGAGGAACGGCUGGCCAAUUUCAUCGAGACUCACAGGGACGCGGGAUUUUCGGACGCCAUCAAGGGCUUCGCUCAUAAUCAGGUCCUGGAGAUGGCCCGCGACUGCCUCGCCAAGUCGCAGGAGAAGCUCAUCACCUCCAACUACUUCCACGAACUCUCGGAGAACCUAGAUAAGCUGCUGACGGUGACCCGCGAGAAGUCCCCGCAGGCCUUGGCCCACCUCUCGAGCGUCAUCCGCGAGCUCCUCCUCAUCGUCUCCCGGCCGGCCCGGCUGCUCGAAUGCCUGGAGUUCGAUCCGGAGAAAUUCUAUAGACGCAUGGAGGAGACAGAGGACCAGGUGAGGGGCACCGCCAGAAUCAAGGAGGGCAUACCGCGUCUUCUCAUCACUGCCCUGGGCCACAUCAAGCUCACCGACUUCGGGCUCAGCAAGAUCGGAAUCAUGUCUCAUGCAACAAAUAUUUAUGAAGGUUUUGUCGAUCGCGAGACUCGCCAGUUCUCGGACAAGCAGGUUUUCGGCACUCCGGAAUACAUUGCACCUGAAGUGAUUCUAAGUCUUGGAUAUGGAAAGCCGGUGGACUGGUGGUCUAUGGGAGUUAUUCUCUACGAGUUCCUCAUUGGCUGUGUUCCUUUUCUCGGUGAAACUCCCGAGGAACUCUUUGCUCAUACUGUCAGUGCAAACAUAGAGUGGCCAGACGAAUCAGACUGGCCCGUAGAUCCUCAGGCCAAGAAUCUGAUCACCGGCCUCCUGCAACAGAGUCCCUUGGAUCGGCUGGGCACCGUCGGUGCUGCCGAGGUCAAGGAGCAUCCCUUCUUCGAGUCCAUCGACUGGGAUUCUCUCCUUCGACAGAAGGCAGAGUUCAUUCCGCAGCUGGAGCACGAGGAAGACACUUCGUACUUCGAUACUCGACUGGAUCGGUACAAUCACGAGUCGGAUGCGGAUGAUGAUGAUGCUGAGGGAUCCUCGCUGUUUUCGUCCUUCUCGUCCUGCUCCCCUCAUUUUAUGAGAGACAAGAUGAGAGACUCUGAUAACUCUGGGUCGGAGUCGACACCAGGGACGCCGGAACAAGAGCACCCACGCUUUUCGUCUAAUGGCUCUUCGGGAAAUGGCUUCCCGUUCCCUGCACCAGUCACUCCAGAUCCAUCACAGGCAGAACAAGCCGCAUCGCCGCUGGUUAUAAGGAAACGCCGAAUCAAUAUUAUGCCCUGUUUCCCCUCGCCUGACGAUUCCCCCGACACCCUACCUCCCACGGCGUUUUCUGAAAAUGGAGAUUCUACAGGGGAGCUGUCACCUGUGAAAGAACGAAGCUACUCGCGUGGUAACGCCGACAGUCCUCUCAUCCCAGAAGCCAGUACGCCUACACCUACUAGUACCUCUGCUCCGAGUACCCCAACAAAACCCGCGCCAUCGGAGAAAGUGAGAAAGCGUAGCGAGAAGGCCGUCGCGGGCAAACGAUCGUCGAGCAUUGUCGUCCCACCAGGCGUUCGUCGCAUCAGCAAGGGUGCAUCUGCCUCCGGACUCUCCUUCAGGAUCCCAUUAGACGAGAGCUUACUGGGAAUACAGACCCCAAGCGAAUCGAGUACUGCCUCAUCCCGUGAAGCGUCCCCCAAUCGAGACAGCGGUUCGCUUUCGUCCUUUAAGCCUCCUGUCAUCCUUCGUCGUUCUCGGCAGGGAUUCGGCUUCACCAUAAAGACGAUUCCGGUUUACUAUGGCGAUACGGACUACUACACUCUUCAUCACAUUGCAGUGAAUGAGGGAAGUCUGGCGCAUGAAGCCGGUCUCCGAACGGGAGACCUCAUCACCCACAUCAACGGAGAGUCGGUCCAGGGCCGCCUCCACACCGAGGUCCUCCAGAUGCUUUUGUCUGGGAAGGAUCCGGUGUCCAUCCACGCCACCCCGCUGGAAAACACGUCGAUCAAGGCCGGAGGGCGAAGAAGAAGCGCGGCGAAGGCCAAAUUGACUCGGCGGACUCAUCGAGUGCACCACGGUGGAAAGGGUCGGGCUGGGGCCAAGAGUUCGCGCAAUAAAAAGAAAUCCCUUUCGAAACGUGUAAGCAUCAAGAGGGCUGUAGCAGAAGCUCAAAAGGCUUUGACGAGUCAGCGCAGAGUGCCAAUCCUUCAUCGAUCUCUGUCCACAUGUGAACCUCCAUUCCAUAAUGAAGAACUCUCUCAAAUCUCCAGCCGAUUUGGUUCCACAUCCUCGCAGCCAUCCAGUCCCCGCCCCAUCCCAUCCAAUUCCAUGCAUGGUCCUCCAUCCUUCCACGGACGUAUUCACAGCCUGGACGACGUGCAUUGUUCCACUGGGUCUUUAUAG